AUGUCGCUCGCGCAUCAGCACGGGCCCCAGAUGGACGCUGUCUGCGCGUCGGGGGUCCCUUCAGAGCCCCCCUCUUCCUUGGAGGCCCCUGAUGGCCUCUCAGAGUUGGAGUUUAAACGGGAGCUUCUGCGUGCCAGGUCAGAGACGCAUGCAUCACCAGACGAAGCAGUUGCAAGAAUAUCUGUAUGUACACUCAACCAGUGGGCCCUCGACUUUGAGGGAAAUUUCCGCCGGAUCGCCGAAAGUAUCGAACAGGCAAAAAGACAAGGAGCUAGAUUCCGUGUUGGUCCUGAGCUGGAGACAUGUGGGUACGGGUGUGAAGACCACUUCUUAGAGAGCGACACGGAGAUGCAUUCUUGGGAAUUAAUUGCAAAACUUUUGUCUUCAAAUUUAACCAACGAUAUUUUGGUGGAGACGGGCGCACCCGUCUUUUAUAAUGGGAGUCAAUAUAACUGCCGGGUGUUGCUGCUGGAUGGCUGCGUGUUGUUAGUGCGUCCGAAGACAUGUUUAGUCGAUGAAGGGGGCUACAGAGAGAGCCGGUACUUUGCUGCUUGGCCUGCAGCAGGAGAUGCACAGACACCGCAGAAGCAGCAGCUGCAGCAGCUCCAGCUACCCCCAGCGGUGGUUCAGGUGUCUGGACAGCAGACAGCGCCAUUUGGCAUAGCGUUAUUGGAGUGUAUAGGGAGUUGUUUAGGGUUUGAAUGCUGCGAAGAGUUGUGGUCGCCGUCUCCUCCGCAUUCGUUUUGUUAUUUGUUGGGAGCAGAGAUUGUAUCAAAUGGAAGCAGCAGUUAUUUUGAAAAGAACAAACACCAUCGGCGUUUAUCUUUAUUAAGAGAAGCAACACAAAGACACUGUGGGGUGUAUGCAUAUGCUAAUCAAGGAGGUGCAGACGGGGGGAGGGUUGUCUUCGACGGGGGUUCAGCUGUAUAUGCAUGCGGGGCCCCUGUUGCUGUGGGGCCCCGCUGCUCUCUUUUAGAAGUAUCUGUGGAGACAGUUUCUGUAGAUCUUAGUGCUGUUCGUGCAUGCAGAAGAGCAAAUCCAACAUUUCUUAGAGCAGCAGCAGCAGCAGCAGCAGCAGCACCUCUACCCAGAAUACAUGUCUCCUUUUGUCUCCGCCCCCAGAAACCCUUCUUAAUGGCGCCCAUUCGAUCCCCUUUGCUGCUGCAGCAGCAGCAGCAACAGCAGCAGCAGCAGGUGCGCAUGCAGAACGGCCCUGCUCUUGACGCAGCAGCAGCAGCAGCAGCAACAGAGGAGACAGCACAGGCAGCAGCACUAUGGCUGUGGGAUUACCUUCGUCGUUCAGGUGCUGGUGGUUUCUUUGUUGCUCUAUCUGGGGGUGCAGAUUCUGCUGCUGUUUUAUCUCUACUCGCAUUCAUGUGCCACAGAGUCUUCCAAACAAUAUACCCCCUAUUAGGGGCCCCCACAGAGGUUGUUCAGGGGCCCCCCCUAGGGGCCCCCGCUAGCAGCGAAGUGGGUUCAGUAUCCUGCGGAUCCUUACGGGGGCCCUCUGCGGGGUCCUUAGAGGGGGCCUCUGUGGGGCCUUUAGAGGGGGCCCCAGGGGGUCCCAUAGGGGGGCCCCAGGAGUGGGAAGAGGGUCUUGGGGGCCCCCUUGGUGUGCUGCGUUCAUUAGAGAAGAUAUUGGGUUUGUCUGCUGAUGCUGCUGGUUUUCCUCGUAGCUGCAGGGAGUUGUGUAACAUGUUGCUGCACAGCUGCUAUUUAGCGUCUGAAAACAGCAGCAAGCAGACGCAGCGUUUAAGCAGCAAGCUUGCGGGGGCCCUUGGUUCGUAUCAUAUUGAAGCAGAGAUUAAUUCAGCUGUUUCUUCUUUCUUAUCUUGCUUUAGAGAUGCUACAAACUGGGGGGGCCCUAACUAUAUUAGUGCUGGGGGCACUCAUCAAGAAGACUUAGCGCUGCAGAAUCUACAAGCAAGGACCCGUAUGGUUCUUUCUUAUCUGUUUGCUCAGCUUCUUCCUUUAACAAGACAAAAACAAAUUAAAAACGAGUUAACAGCAGCACCAACACCAACAACAUCAACAACGACGCAAAUACAAACAAAUGGAGUAAUACUGCAGCAUGCAGACACCCCACACUAUUCACAAACCCAUACAGACUAUCCAAUACAAGACGGGCCUCCAGGGGGGCCCCCAGGGGCCCUAAUAGGGGGGCCCCUAGGGGCGUUUCAAGGGGGAGGGCCCCUAGGGGGCCCCCAUACAGAGCCACCAAGAGGGGGGGAUUUGGGGGGGACCCCAGCUGUGGGGGGCCAGGGGGCCCCUGGGGACCUGGGGGCCCCUGGGGACCUGGGGACCCCUCGAAGCCAAGGGGCCCCUGGGGGCCUGGGGGCCCCUGGGGGUUCGGGGGCCCCUGGGGCCCCCUUGCGUGGUCGAUGUGGGCCUUUAUUAGUUGUAGCAACAGGUAAUGCUGAUGAAUGUUUACGAGGCUAUUUAACAAAAUACGAUUGCAGCAGCGGAGAUAUAAACCCAAUCGGCACAUUAGCGAAAGAAGAUGUGCGAGGAAUUUUAAAAUGGGCAGCGGAAUAUCCACCUUUAAAAUGCGAAGUGCUACACGAGAUCCUUCAGCAGCGUCCGAGUGCAGAGUUGCGCCCCCUAGCAGAGGGAGAGACACAGCAAGAUGAUGAAGUAGAAAUGGGUUUAUCUUAUGCAGAUUUAUCUCUCUUCGGAGGGUUAAGAAAGGCCUGGAGGUGUGGGCCCUUCAGUCUAUUUAGGGCCGCGCAGCUACACGGAGUUGGGGCCCCCUUCAACACCCUUUACGAGUGA